AUGCUACGCAUUACUUCACAGCGAGCCAGAUUCGCGAAUGUAAUGCAGAAACUCCCAUCUGAUAUGAUGGACGAAAUUUCUGAUGUCCUCUCCGAUUUGCGCGAGCAUGAACCGUACGAUCACUUAAAGGAAGCAAUCCUCAAGCGAACCGGACGUUCCGAGGAAGAUAUGAUCCAAGAGAUACUGCGGAACGUCACUAGAGGCGACAAAAACGCCAUCCCAGCUUCUCAGAUAUAUGAGGAACCAGCUGGGAAAGCACAACGUAUCAGAAAAGGUUCUUCGAGUUCGACCAUUAGCGUUAACGCUGUUCGCGCCCCCGACAUAGCGAAGCACGAACGCUACGAGCCUAGUAAAACGGAACGGGCGUUGGCCGACCUUCAACGGCAAAUUCGGGAGCUCCAGAUCUCCCUGCGCCUGCGGACGAGGACAUCGACCCCAUCUCGACGGAGACGAACCCCAGCCGAGAACGGCGAAGCGACCAGGGUGUUUGUUGGUUUCAUCGCACAUUCGGCGAUGAGGCCAGGAAUUGUAAACCUCCCUGUACACACCCGUCGGCCUGGGGGAAACGAAUAA